UAUUAUUGUAAGAUUGUUGUGCUAUUUUAGAAGAUUGCACAAGAUGCGGUCUCAACGGAUAAGCUUAAAGGUUAAGGGGAGUGGAAGGAUGGUAACCCCGCAGCAGGCAAUAUAUGAGCUGAAACACAGGGUGGUUCUGUCUCUUAAUAAGAUUGCCGAUCGGGACACUUAUCAACUUGGAGUGGAGGAACUUGAGAAGAUCGCCGAGGGUUUGACACCUGAAGGGAUUUUUCCGUUUCUAUCUUGUAUUAUUGACACUGACUCAGAGCAGAAGAGCGCGGUAAGGAAGGAGUGCAUUAAGGUUCUGGGAACUCUUGCUAGGUUUCAUGGGAACUUGAUGUAUGCUCAUGUUGGAAAGAUGGUGGCCAGCAUUAUCAAGCGCCUCAAGGAUUCGGAUUCAACUGUAAGGGAUGCAUGUGUCGAGACAGCUGGGAUUUUGACAAUGACAAUGGGGAGCUCUGGUGGAGGUGAGAAUGGAUUUGUAGCAUUAGUGAAGCCAUUUUUUGAGGCCCUAGGAGAACAGAAUAGAUAUGUGCAGACUGGUUCAUCAUUGUGCUUGACAAGAGUCAUUGAUGAGGCUAGAGAACCACCCAUCACUCUUCUAGCUCAGAUGCUUACUCGGGUUGUGAAGCUGCUGAAGAAUCAGCAUUUCAUGGCAAAACCAGCUCUCAUUGAGCUUAUAAGAAGCAUUGUUCAGGCAGGUGGAGCUUCUACAGAUAAUGCUUUGCAUUUGGCAGUGACCAGCAUAGCCGAAGCACUCAAAUGUAAUGACUGGACAACCCGCAAAGCUGCUUCUCUUGCAUUAGCUGGAAUAGCAGCCAGUGCUGGAUCAGCAGUGGGAUAUCUAAAAACCUCUUGCAUUUCUUCUCUUGAAUCUUGUCGUUUUGACAAGGUGAAACCUGUCAGGGAUGCUGUAGUUCAUGCUUUACAAUGCUGGAAAGCUCUUCCAGGAACUGAUUCAUGUGAUCCUUCAGAAGCUGGAUCAUCCACCAAAGAUAUCAUAAGCGGAGAUUAUACUGAUCUUACUUGUACUAGUGAUGGUGGAUGGAGACACUCAACCAGCAAAACAAGUUCUAUGGCAGCUCUAAGCGGUACUUCAAGCAACUCAACUAAGAAGAGGACUCCACUAACCAUCAUGAAAAAUAUUCCCAAUCAAAUGCAAGAUUAUCAGCAUAAAGAUUCAAAUGAGUGGCAUAUUGAAGUCUCUCUUCCAAAGAGUAACAGAACUUUCUCAACUGAUGAUAAUCAUGAAGAGCUACAACGAUCAACUAUUCGAAAGGAACAUCUGACAAAUGAAAAUGCAACAAGAUGCUGGCAUGCGACAUAUGAAAGAGACAAAAUAGAAGAAAAGACAGUCUCCUCCAAUAUGUCUAAUUUCAUUAGUGAAAUCUGUGAGAACAAGCAUGCAGCUGCAAAUAAUGAAUAUCUAGAUGAAGGUAGUUCUGCAAAUAUAAACACUAUAGAUUCUGGACCUGUCACUGAAGAGAUUGACUCUGAAGGCUUCAGAAUACUAGAGUGCAAUAGUGUGGACUCUACUGUUACCGAUGUGGCUUCACAUGGUUUACGUGGAUGCUGUUUGCAUGUUUCUAAUGAGCUGGCCUUCAUCAGAAAACAACUAUUGGAUAUCAAAACUAAGCAAUCAAAGAUACUAAAUCUUUUUGAGGUUUUUGUUGGAAACACCACAUCCACCCUGUCAACAUUGCACUCAAAGGUAGAGAACCUAGAAGGUACUGUUGACGAAUUAACACAAACUUGUGCUCAGAAAGGGAGCAACUUGAACAUAGAAGGUCUCAAGUAUUUGAAGAAAAAUCAAAGUGAAACUUCUUCCCCAAGGCUUUCUACAUGCACACCCAGGUCAUCAUUUGACUGCAGGCCUCAUUCAAUAAUGCUUUCUUCAAAUAGAACGCAAUUAUGCAAAGAUAAAUUAUUAUCUAGAAGUGAAUCAAACAGCUCAGCCAAAGAUGGUUUUGACUUAUGGCGUGAUCCAACCAUCAAAUUGAUUAGAAAUCCAGUAGGGAUAAAUGUUCAGAAAAAUACGGGAAGGAGAAAGGUGAAAGAAAAUGAGAACCUGUUUUCUGUUCUAACUUCCAGUGUUUCUUCCAAACAAGAAAACUUUGACAACGAAGCUAUUUCUUGGAAAAUAAUAAAUGAUUAUAUGCGUGAUCGGGAUGUGGAAUCUAUAUAUCAGGAGACUUUGUCUUCCGGUGAUGAUGUUAGCCUGCUUGAACUUAUGAACAGAACAGGGCCUGUUCUAGAAAAUUUAAGUCCUGAGGUAGCCAGCCAAGUUCUUGGCAUUCUAACUAGGAAGUUUUUAAAUCAUAGUUUCAUGCCCUCGAUGAUUCCUUGGUUGCAACAGUACUACAACUUGCAUUGUCACAUAUGUACAGAUUAUGCCCUUUGUAACUUAUUACCAGCCAUGCAGAAAUGCGCAUUUGUAGUUGUUUUCAAGGUGACUAUAUUGCUUAUUGUCUUUUAG